GCUUAUAUCAGGCUACAACAGCCUCACUGACAAACAUCUCGCUGGUUACUUCAGCAAAACUCAAAUCAGGAGACACCUGCAGAGAGCAGGCCUGAUCACCAGAAGUGGGCGAAUUGUACCAGACAAGGAGUACAGACAUAAGCUGAUGCACAAAGCCCGUCAGAGACAUGUCAGAGAGUGCUUGGCCCAGGCCGUUUUCCAAAAGGUGCUGGAGAUGGAGCGUCUCCACCAGAUCGAGAUCAAAAGAAAACUGGAGGACUUUGCAAGGAUGGAACGAGUGCAUAGGAUAAAGCUGGAGCGCUCUAAAAGGUAUGAGGAAGAUAUUUUCCGGGUGCUGUCUCCACGCCCCCCCACAGGAUCCAGGACCGCCUGGAAACAGAGCUCAGGUCCAGAGCAGCAGCACUCGGAAUCUUCUGAAUCU